AUGGAAUCUAUUAUAUCAAACCUCGAGCUGUUAAGUUUCAUCGCUCGAGUUUCCAAUGCAAGCGUGAAUGAUAUACCAGGCAUCUACGGGCCUCUUCCAGCAGUGGUAGUCGCCAAUAUUGACAACAUCAACCCAUACUUGAAGAAAUCGCCGGGUGAUUUCGCUCAUCCGGGUCUCUGGCACUCGCAUGAGGAUUUGGAGCGCAUUCGAAACAAAGUCCUAUCCAACAAAGAUCCCUGGGCAUCCACUUUCGCAAAUUUCAGUACUGACACCUAUUCCCUGUCAAACUACACCAUGCAAGGGCCACAUUCCAUUCUUUCACGUGGAAAAAUCAGCAACUACACUAGCUUUGCCCAUGAUGCACGCGCUGCGUGGCAAAAUGCGUUGAUGUGGUACAUCACCAAGGAACAAGCCCACUGGGACCGCAGCACCACAAUUCUGGAUACCUGGGGGUCCAAUCUAACCGACGUUAUUGGUAUCGAUCGCUCGCUUCUGAUCGGUCUUGAUGGCGAUCUUUUUGUGAAUGCAGCCGAAAUCAUGCGGUGGGAGGGAAAUUGGACCGAAGCGGGUGCAUCCUGGCGAGGAGGCUCUGGCUUCAGCAACCAGCUCUAUUGGCUGUUUUCCAGACAGGCAGCAGUCAUUGGACAGGCCAAUUAUGGAAUGGUCAGCAUCAAGUCGCUGUUGAGCUUUGCGGUAUAUUUGGAUGAUGUCACACUAUACAACUACGCCAUGAACGCCUUCAUCAAUGAUCCUUGCGCUAGUCUGUUCGCAAUGUACAAGUCGAAGACAGGACAAUCUGUGGAAUCUGGACGUGAUCAAUCUCACACGAUGUCCGGUAUCGCAUGGACGGCAUAUGCAGCCCGAGUGGGUCAAACGCAAGGAGUGGACCUCUAUGAGCUUGGUGGUAACCUCUUGCUCAAGGCCUCCGAGUAUACCGCGGCAUAUAACCUCAACCAAACAGUCUCUUAUGAUCCGGCUUGGCACAGAUGUGAGGCAGUCCUAGUCGGUGCGCCGUGGCCCACUAUUUCCGAUUAUGAUAGAGGAGUAUCGAAUACGCAGCCAGUUUGGGAUAUCAUUUACUACCAAUAUGUUGUGAAACGCAAGCUGAAGGCGCCCUGGACUACUGAGGCUCAGAAUAAAGAAGGGCCAGAAGGGGCCGUGUCAUCUAAUGACCACCCAAGCUGGGGUGGACUUAUCUGGGCCUAUUAA